AGUCAAUAUCUUCAUCACAGCCAGAAAGGCAACAAAUGUCAUCACGACCAGAAAGGCUGCGUUACUAUGAAGCACAGUCAAUAUUGUCCUCAUCACAUUCAGAAAGGCAAUGGAUGCCAAUAUCCUCACCAAGGUUAGUGUCCUCAUCAUGGCCAGAAAGGCAAUGGAUGUCAUCACGACCAGAAAGGCUGCGUUACUAUGAAGCACAAUCAUCAAUGUUCUCAUUACCAAGGCCAGAAAGGUAUGAGAUGCCAACAAGUUAUUAUGAUGAUGAGAUUUUAACUGAAGUUGCAUCUGGACCCUGGCCUGAAAUGUUGGAGAUGGCAACAAGUUACUAUGAUGAUAAGUUGUUAACUGAUGAGCCAGAAAUCCAAGUUACUAGUGUAAGAGAGACAGCAUUAGGAACAGUAAGGAACAUCAUAAGAGCUACACUGUACACUUUAUUAUGUUAAAGGGUGUAACAGACGCUCCAACUAUCUGUUAACCAAACUUUAUUCUUAAUCAACACGAGACUCAACUGAGCUCCAAAACCAACUAACAAAACUAACUCACAACUAACACA